AUGACAAAACCUCAAAUAUGUGCUUGUGGAAAAAAUAAAAGUGAUAUGAACACCACUAAUUGGAUUCGACAUACAUCUUCCUGUAAAAUUAGGAAAUCUAGAGAUGAAUCUAGGUCGAUUGAAUGUUUUUUCGGUAAUCCUAAAAAGCCUAAGCUGGAAUUAGGUGAUUCUAUUUCAUUGGAAGUAGAAGAAAACUUAUACAGUAGUAAUUCUACUACUAUUACUUGUGAGUCUGUUACUACUAAAACCUCGACUACAACUGCAACUGCCAAGUCUGUUACUACUACAACUGCCGAGUCUGUUUCUACUUCCUCUACUGACAAUGUAUUUGAAGUAAUGAAGACUGAUAAAUAUUCAGAUUCAAAUGAAAAUAUGAUUAAUUGUGUGAUUAAUGAUGGAAAUAAAGUUGAUCCUAUACUUCUGGAAUCGACUAACACAUAUGAAUCAGAACAAUCUCCUAACAAAUUUCGCAAUGAUCCUGCAUUAUAUUUGAACAAGACAAUAUCGCAUUGUUUGAAAAACAAUCUACUUGAAAUGGGUCCUUGCCAACCUACUGCAUCAGAAUUGGUAAACGCUGUUUUUCCAAAAGACACCUCUAGUCCUUCACGUUCAUUUUCUUCAACAUAUUAUUUUAAAUUAGUGAAUGGAAAAACUGUACAUCGUAAUUGGUUAGCAUAUUCUCCUUCAACUGACAGAAUUUACUGUUGGACAUGUAGGCUUUUUGGGACACCCGGUGCACAAAAAAACGGAUUAGUCAGUUCGGGCUGUAAUGCUUGGGGCCACCUUAGUGGUGUAUAUGGACGACUGCAUAAACAUGAGUCAUGUAAAGACCACUUAGAAUCUGAACUCAGUCGUGCCAUGUAUAUGAGAAAUAAUCGAAUUGAUAUUCUGACAGUUAAAUCAUCAAAUUCCCGUGUAGCUACAAAUAGAGAAGUAGUUAAAGUACUAAUGGACAUUGUUUUAUGUUUGGCAAAGCAUAAUGAUGCAUACAGAGGUCAUUUAGAAACAAAUAAAGAUCUUAUUCAAGGGAAAUUUCGUGAUUGGGUUACAGUAUUUGCUAAAUACCAUCCAAUAUUGGCAUCACAUUUAGACCGGAUCAAUUCUAAUUCUAAACGGUCAUCACUCACAUUUUUAUCAAAAACUUCACAAAAUGCUAUGAUUGAAAGCGUUGCAGAAACUAUUAGAGAUAAAAUUUUAGAUGAAAUUAAAACAGCUGGCAUGUAUUCACUUAUUUUGGAUUCGACAACCGAUGUAGCAAAGCUUGAUCAAUUCGCAUUUGUAUUCAGAUAUUGUUCAAGUGAAGGAACUGUUCAUGAACGAUUUUUGUGUACAGAUGAAACUGCAGAUUCAACAGGUAAUGGAAUGUUUGCUUUAUUUUGUAAAAUUUGUGAUCGUUAUUCAUUGAACUGGAAAGAACAAUUAAUUGGUCAAGCAUUUGAUGGAGCAUCAAAUAUGCAAGGUACUAUUAAAGGAUUGCGAACCAUUAUCCAAAAAGACAACCCAAAUGCUUUACAUGUUUGGUGUUUUGCACAUUGCCUUAAUCUUGUUGUCUGUGAUUCUUGCCAAGCUAAUAUUCAAGUAAGAGAUUUUUUCAGUAUUAUAGGUAGUUUAGUUACUUUUAUUGGAGCAAGAAAAAGAACUGCUACUUACGUUGAUUUACAGAAAAAAUAUUAUCCGAACGAACGUUCACGCCGACUUAAACACUUUUCUAAUACUCGAUGGACUUAUCAUGAUCGGUCAAUAGAUGUAAUUUUAAGAACUUAUAGAGCUGUAAUUGAAACAUUAAAAAGUAUAAGAACUGACGAAACUGAUAAAAAAACGCGUGAUACAGCUAAAAGUUUUUUAAAAAACUUGAAUAAGUUCAAUUUUGUUCUUACAAUGCACUUUAUGAAAAAAUUAUUUUCCAUCACAACACCACUUUCCAAAUAUUUGCAAGCUCCAGACAUGGACUUCAUCCAAGCUAUGAAACUUGUUAUGGCCACAAAACAUCAAUUGCAAGAAAUGCGUAUUGACAAAACGUACGGAAAUAUAAUCAAUAACUCAAAAACAUUUUCUAUAGAACAUAAUUUAGAUGAAAAAGACAUACAAGAAAAACGUGUUUCAUUAAAAAAAAAAAUGUCUGGUGAAAACCAAAACGAUGAAAGACUUAGUUCAGCAAAAGAGCGUUACAUUAGUGAAGUAUACAAUGUCACACUAGACAUUGCUAUCAAUAAGAUUGAAGACCGAUACUGCAAUUCAGAAAAUAUUUUUAAUGAUAUAUUUUUUUUUUCUCCUGAACAUUUGCAAAACCAAACCACAGCUAUACCUAAUUCAUUUGACUACAUCUGUAAUUGGUUAUCAGCAUUUAAAAUUGAUAAAGAAAAUUUAACUACCGAAUACCGUUUAUUUGCUUCAAAUUUUAACAAUUUAAUGAAAGAUAGCCCUGAAAAUAUCGAUGAAAAAUGUGCAUUAUCUGUAAUUUCUUAUGAAAGCAGUGAAAAUGACUCAGAAACUUCAGGUGAAGACAACUUUGGAGACUUGCUGCAAGUAUCAAAUAUAUUGCAAAACUUAAGUAAAAUGGGCAUGGCAUCAGCAUUUCCUAAUUUAAGUGUGGCUUACAAAGCGAUUUGUACAUUGCCUCCAACAUCCGCUAGUGCUGAACGUUGUUUUUCUAAAUUAAAAUUAAUAAAAACUAACUUACGUUCAACUAUGAGUGAGGCGAGACUAGAUCAUCUCAUGGUAAUAUCGUGCAACCCAGACAUUGAUAUAAAUAUGGACGAUGCACUUGAUAAGUUUGGAUCAAGAUCUAAUCUACUGAGGUCAAAUCUAUUGUACCAAUAA